ACAUCGGAUUGUUUCUUCUUAAAAUGAUUAGAGAACGAAAUGCGUUUUAAACAAUUUAUUUAUUUCAUUGCGUCCGACUGUUUUAAGUCUGAGACUGUUUUAUUCCUGCGACAAGCAGCUCAUUGUCUUUCCCGUUGUCUCCGUGAAAUCUCCUCGGUGGCUCUUAUCACCAUGACUAAACUUCUGGAGUGGCUGUUCGCUGUGUCGGUCGUGGUCGCCGCCUGGGCUUUGGUCACUUUCGACCUGUUGGACCUGAGCCUGCCGCAGACUUAUAGAGAGGUCGCCUGGCCCAUGCCGCUGUAUCUGCUGGUGUCAUUCGGCUGUUACUCCCUGGCCACGGUGGGAUACAGGGUGGCCACCUUCAAUGACUGUGAAGAGGCUGCGAAGGAGCUGCAGGGCCAGAUAGCAGAAGCCAAAGAGGACUUGAGGAAAAAGGGCUUGAAGAUGUAGAACUAUAGGGAAGGACUAUGUAGAAACUUUUGAGUGACUGGCAGGGAAACUUGGACCACCAUCACACUCAGUCCAGUAUCUGCACUUGUACUGUUGGGUUCUUGUGUGUCUCCUAUUGAUGAUCUUUGAAUGUGUAAAUGUGACUGAUUGCUGAAUGUACACCCUUCUUUUCAUUGUUUCCAGCAGACAUGAUAUGUACAUCAAUCAACAUUUGGAGUAAUGUUUACUUUUAUAGAAUCUCAUUCACUGUCAUGUUAAAAUUAGAUAUUGAUCAGGCGUGCUUCCGCUAAUGAGAAAUGUCAGGCUUAAUGGAUGUUUUUUGGGUCGCUCAAAAAUCAUAAUGGAGCAGUUUUAACCUUCUUAAAACUUUUAUCAUUGUCACCACCACUAAAGGACCCCCCUGCCUCCACCACCACCACCACCACCACCACAACCACCACUACCUUUUUAUAAAGAAUGAGAUUUGACUGUGUGUGCAAGUUUCUAUUUAAAUUACACCGUGGCAGGUUGUUUCACAAACUUAAACCAGAUGAAAGAGACAGUGAAAACACAUGUUGCAGUCUUUUUAUUGUAAACUGCACACACGUAACCCACCGUUGGCACACUGCUAAAUACCACUGAGUUCAUAUCACUGGUAUGCUAAACCGUCAUCUGUAACCAGUUGCUGAUCACCGUCAUCAAAUGGAACCAAAAGGUCAUGUUGGAAGAAUCUGACUAAUGUCGGUUUCUCACUGGGAAUUCUCAAAUGCUUUCAAUCUGUGUCUGCUUCAGAAUGGUCGUACACGUAGUGUGGACCUUGUUGUGUGUGUCUGGAGAUUGUUGCUUGUCAGUGUAAAUGGACUAGAUUUUAUCUGUAAAGUAGUGUACAUUCCAUUGUCCAAUAUCAGACCUGUACCCUGAAGCUAUUGCUGGGACCUAAUUAAAUUGGAGUCUAUUUUCUUCAGUU